GUUUCCACUUUUUUUUUUUCGGCAGGAGCGGAGGGAAGUGCCGGACUCUCGAGUCCAGAACGUUAAGUUAGUCAGCUGAUGUCGUCUGCUUUAAAAAAAAAUGAAUGAUCUAUCCCAUUCCGCGAUGUCAGGUUAUGUGCGGACGUCUUUCUUCAGUUCUUGCACGGCACCUCCUGUUAUUAACGGCACUUCAGUCUGCGUUCACACGAGGCGCCUCCACAUCUAGAUGACUAGAUGAUUUGUGCUUCAAGGACAACAUCGAUACUGUCUUGCACGUAUCGGCAUUAGAAGAUAAUUGCAAGUAUUUUCUUCGGAUGCGUUUAUUUUGAGAAACAUUUAUUCUUUUUUUUUCUUUUCUGGAGAUCACCCGAAGGUCGACGUGACACUAGUGCUGGGUGUUUUUUUCCACCCCCCUUCACUGUGCUAUAGACACAAAGUGGGCUGGGAUUCGACAGUGAAUAGCUAUCAGGUCAACGUCCGUGUCACAUACGAAAUGAAUUUCUAAGGCACAAGGUGGUGUUUCAAUUCAGCUCAAAUGGAUUUCGUGAACUUUGGUUUUUAUUCAAUAGGGAACAGACCGUUUUAGUUAUUGAUAAGUAGACGUAUAAGACUCACUGUCUUGAGCUGAGCUCCACUCUCGGCAGCAUCUUCCCUGGAGGAAACAUAUAUAUAUAUAUAUAUAUUUUUUUUUUUUUACAAGUCUUCAGUUCUGGGACUGACGAUGCUCUUGACAGGAGGAGUUCUCUAGGACAUGGCUAACAGCAGGGACAGGCACGGGGCCAAGGAGAACCUCCUGGAGAUGGGAGGCAACAACGGGGUCCACAGAGAGAACGAGAACAUGCGGCUGGAAAGGAAAAAGAUGGAGACUGUGAUUCUGAAUGAUGACCGUAGCCCCAGUGACCACGGGGAGGGUCUUGAGGAGCCCCUAGAAGAGAACAGCGAUGAUUCGGAUAGUGUAGCGGAGUCACAUGUUUCUCACAACAUCGACCCGAACUCAUUCAAAGGAAAACUAGCGGCCUUCCUGAAGACAAAUGUCAUCCAGUAUUCGGUCGUGGCGCUGGUCAUUGCUGACCUCGUUGUCAUUGUCCUCGAACUUCUCAUUGAGAUGGAGAUCAUCGUAUUUCCAGAGAAUGCCCCAGAUUCUAAGCACAACUCUUCCUCAUUUCAAGUGAAUUUCCUCAACCACACUGGAGGACACACACACAUCACCCCCCACGGGGAGGCCGCCCAGGAGGAGCACGAGGACCAGCCCAAUCUAUGGAAUAGUUCUUUAGAUGGCUAUAACAGUACGGGCAACUCGUCCCACCACGGCGUCCACCACCAUCACACCAACAAGGAGAAGGCGGAGCACGUGCUGCACGCCCUGAGUCUGGCCAUCCUGUCCAUCUUCAUGGUCGAGGUGAGCUUGAAAAUAUUUAUUGAGGGCAAACACCUCUUGAAGCAACCUGCUGAGGUGUUUGACGCCAUUGUAGUUAUUGUGUCUUUCACAUUGGAUGUGGUGUUCAGCUUCGUCUCAGUGACUAGUGUAGCCCAGGACGCUGCUGGAUUUAUGGUGAUCCUUCGACUGUGGAGAGUUACUCGAAUUAUUAAUGGGGUCAUCCUGUCCGUGAAGCUGGACGCCAAGAAAAAGAUUGAUGCCAUGAAGCGAACAUUGCGACACUCGGAGCAUGAGAACAAAAAGUUGAGGUCCAAAGUAGAAAAGUUAGAGAGAAAAUUGAAAGUUCUUAGGGAGAAAUCAAGAGUGAACGAUCCAAGGGAGCUAAAGAGUCUGAAGAAAGAAAGAAGUGUAGAUAAUCAAGUGCACGAAAUCAAUUCUCCAGGUAGUUUUAUAUUUGAGAAUAACUUGCACGAAAUAGAGUUGAGGGACUUGAGCGAUAAAAUAUAGCUGAACAGCUCAAUGGAGGCUACAUAUCGAAUUCCACGGAGCAGAGUGACCCAACACAACGUCCAGAUGUGUCCCUGUCCAGUUCCUCUCGCUUGCUGAGUCUGAGAGUAUCAUCUUGUUAACAUACAGUCUUAGAGACUAUACAACAAAGACAAUAAUUGUCUUAGAGAGUUAUUACUCCAGGGGGGUAUCACUCUUACUAACUACUAAACGGAUUUGUGGCGGUUUAAAAAGAGAUCCCUACCUAAGGGAGACAGACUGAUUAGUGUUUCUAUUUUUAGAAGUGUUCAAAUGGACAGAACGGCCACAAGCUGGAUUUCUUUUUUUUUCGCUUUGUCAACUAUUUGAACUUGUUAUAGUUUAGUUGUGAUAUUAGGGUUAGUGUUAGUGUUAUUAACACUAAAUUACAUUGUGUUUACAUUUAUGGUAUGAUAUGAUGGUCUUGCUGUACACUACUUACUGUAAGGUCGUAUGUUUUGUAACAAAAGUAAAGUCUCUAGUGUUACAAGCAGUUGCAGUUUACAAGUUGAGGGAAAGCAAUGUUAGGUAGUUUGGUCACAGGUUUCUAGGAAAAUGUAUUUAUACCUACUCUAGAUAGUUCUAUUUUAAAAAGUUAAUUGGGUCGUGUCUAAAGAUUGAAAUGAGCUCUCGAAUUAUUUCUCGUUUUAAAUUGAAAAAAGUAAACAUUUCCAUCACUCUCUAAUUUCCCUCUUCACAUCACAAUACAUUCCAUCUCACUACAUUUCAUCCCACUACAUUCCAUCCCACUACAUUUCAUCCCACUACAUUUCA